AUGCGGGCUCCCGACCCCUGGCACCGCUGGUCCCGGCUGUUCCUGCUCCUGUCCCUGCUGCCCGUCGCCGCCCUGGGCCAGUACCAGGGCGAGAAGGGCAUCUCGGUGCCGGACCACGGGUUCUGCCAGCCCAUCUCCAUCCCGCUGUGCACGGACAUCGCCUACAACCAGACCAUCCUGCCCAACCUGCUGGGCCACACCAACCAGGAGGACGCGGGGUUGGAGGUGCACCAGUUCUACCCGCUGGUGAAGGUGCAGUGCUCGCCCGAGCUGCGCUUCUUCCUGUGCUCCAUGUACGCGCCCGUGUGCACCGUCCUGGAGCAGGCCAUCCCGCCCUGCCGCUCCAUCUGCGAGCGGGCCCGCCAGGGGUGCGAAGCCCUGAUGAACAAGUUCGGCUUCCAGUGGCCCGAGCGGCUGCGCUGCGAGAACUUCCCCCGCCACGGGGCCGAGCAGAUCUGCGUGGGCCAGAACCACUCGGAGGACGGGACCCCGGCCCUGCUGACCACGGCGCCGCCCGGCCUGCCGCCCGGCGGCGGGGAGACCCCGGGAGGGCCCGGCGGCGCGCCCCGCUACGCCACGCUGGACCGCCCCUUCCACUGCCCCAGGGUGCUCAAGGUGCCCUCCUACCUCAACUACAAGUUCCUGGGCGAGCGGGACUGCGCCGCCCCGUGCGAGCCGGCGCGGCCCGACGGCUCCCUGUUCUUCUCGCAGGAGGAGACGCGCUUCGCCCGGCUGUGGAUCCUCACGUGGUCCGUGCUGUGCUGCGCCUCCACCUUCUUCACGGUGACCACCUACCUGGUGGACAUGCAGCGGUUCCGCUACCCCGAGCGGCCCAUCAUCUUCCUGUCGGGCUGCUACACCAUGGUGUCCGUGGCCUACAUCGCCGGCUUCGUCCUGCAGGAGCGCGUGGUGUGCAACGAGCGCUUCUCCGACGACGGCUACCGCACCGUGGUCCAGGGCACCAAGAAGGAGGGCUGCACCAUCCUCUUCAUGAUGCUCUACUUCUUCAGCAUGGCCAGCUCCAUCUGGUGGGUCGUCCUGUCCCUCACCUGGUUCCUGGCGGCCGGCAUGAAGUGGGGCCACGAGGCCAUCGAGGCCAACUCCCAGUACUUCCACCUGGCCGCCUGGGCCGUGCCGGCCGUCAAGACCAUCGCCAUCCUGGCCAUGGGGCAGGUGGACGGCGACCUGCUGAGCGGCGUCUGCUUCGUGGGCCUCAACGGCCUGGACCCGCUGCGGGGCUUCGUGCUGGCGCCGCUCUUCGUCUACCUGUUCAUCGGCACGUCCUUCCUGCUGGCCGGCUUCGUCUCCCUGUUCCGCAUCCGCACCAUCAUGAAGCACGACGGCACCAAGACGGAGAAGCUGGAGCGGCUCAUGGUGCGCAUCGGCGUCUUCUCCGUGCUCUACACCGUGCCCGCCACCAUCGUCAUCGCCUGCUACUUCUACGAGCAGGCCUUCCGCGAGCACUGGGAGCGGGCUUGGGUGGGCCGACACUGCAAGAGCCUGGCCAUCCCCUGCCCGCUGCACUACGCGCCCAGCGUCAGCCCCGACUUCACCGUCUACAUGAUCAAAUACCUCAUGACGCUCAUCGUGGGCAUCACCUCGGGCUUCUGGAUCUGGUCGGGCAAGACUCUGCACUCGUGGCGGAAAUUCUACACGCGCCUCACCAACAGCAGGCACGGGGAGACCACCGUGUGAGGACCCCCACCCCGACGCCCCCAUCGCACCGGCGGUGGGCCGCUGGGCAGAAGGGGAGGCCGGGGGGAAAGGUACCCCCCAGGCCCGGGAGGAGAAGGGGUGAGGACAGACAGAGUCGCCAAGGGA